GUCCAUGACAUUAGCAGCAAUCACAAUGGACUGAAGGAAGCAGAUUUCCUGGGUGGUAUGGAAUGCACUCUUGGACAAAUUGUUUCUCAGAGGAAACUCUCCAAGUCCUUACUCAAACAUGGGAACACAGCAGGGAAAUCAUCUAUAACAGUGAUUGCUGAAGAAUUAUCUGGCAAUGAUGACUACGUUGAACUUUCUUUCAGUGCACGGAAAUUGGAUGAUAAGGAUUUUUUCAGCAAAUCUGAUCCUUUUCUGGAGAUUUUCCGGAUGAACGAUGAUGCAACGCAGCAGCUUGUCCACAGGACUGAGGUUGUGAUGAAUAACUUAAAUCCAGCAUGGAAGACUUUUAAAGUGUCUGUAAAUUCUCUGUGCAGUGGAGACCAGGACCGCAGACUGAAGUGCAUAGUGUGGGACUGGGAUUCCAAUGGCAAGCAUGACUUCAUUGGAGAGUUUAGCUCAACAUUCAAGGAAAUGCGAGGAGCUAUGGAAGGGAGACAGGUACAGUGGGAAUGCAUAAAUCCCAAGUACAAAGCAAAGAAGAAGAAUUACAAGAACUCAGGCAUUGUCAUCCUUAACCAGUGCAAGAUUCACAAGAUGCAUUCCUUCUUAGAUUAUAUCAUGGGAGGCUGCCAAAUACAGUUUACAGUAGCUAUAGAUUUCACUGCGUCAAAUGGUGAUCCGAGGAACAGCUGCUCCCUGCACUACAUCCACCCCUAUCAGCCCAAUGAGUACUUGAAGGCAUUGGUGGCUGUCGGUGAGAUCUGCCAAGACUAUGACAGUGAUAAAAUGUUCCCUGCCUUUGGAUUUGGAGCAAGGAUACCCCCAGAAUACAAAGUCUCUCAUGAUUUUGCCAUCAAUUUCAAUGAAGACAACCCUGAAUGUGCAGGAAUCCAAGGAGUGGUGGAGGCUUAUCAGAGCUGCCUUCCAAAGCUGCAGCUGUACGGGCCAACCAACAUCGCUCCCAUCAUCCAGAAGGUGGCCAAAUCAGCAUCGGAGGAGACCAACACCAAGGAAGCCUCGCAAUAUUUCAUCCUGCUGAUUCUGACGGACGGUGUCAUCACGGACAUGGCUGACACACGAGAGGCCAUCGUCCACGCUUCCCACCUCCCCAUGUCGGUCAUCAUCGUGGGCGUGGGCAACGCCGAUUUCAGCGACAUGCAGAUGCUGGAUGGUGAUGACGGGAUCCUGAGGUCUCCCAAGGGCGAGCCUGUGCUUCGAGACAUCGUCCAGUUUGUGCCAUUUAGGAACUUCAAGCACGUAAGCUGA